AUGAAGCACACCAAGCGGUACUUGGUGGGCCUGUCGGCUCUGCUCGUCCUGGUGGUCGGCGGUGGAGUUGCCCUCGGCAGGGCGCUUAAUACGGAUGAUGAUCUAAUGGAAGACAUGACGCCGAAGAGCAUGGAUGUGAUCCUAGGCGAGAUACGAAGCCUCAUGCAGGACUACUCCAUCGAGGCCUACAUCGUCCCUUCGGUGGAUGAACAUAACAGUGAGUACAUCUCGCUGCACGACCGCCGCUAUCAGUAUGUGACGAACUUCACCGGCUCGGCCGGCACGGCCAUCAUAACGCUGACACAGGCCGCCCUGUGGACGGACUCGCGGUACCACCUGCAGGCGGAGAACCAGAUAGACCCGGCCUACUGGACGCUGAUGCGCGAGGGUCUCGCCGGCGUGCCGACGCGCGACGAGUGGCUGAUGAGCGUUCUGUCGCCGGGCGGUCAGGUCGGCACCGACCCGUUCCUCAUCGCGUCGACCGAGUUCGAGCGGCUGGGGGCGGUGCUGGGCCGCAACGGCUACCGGCUCAUCACGCUCGAGCGCAACCUGGUGGACAUCGUGUGGAACAAUCGGCCACCGCAGACGGCGGAGGACCUGCGCCCGAUGCCGCUGGAGUACACGGGCCGGCGGGCGUCGGAGAAGCUGGCCGCUCUGCGCGUCGUCCUGCAGGAGGAGGGUGCUAACGUUAUCGUCGUCAGUGCGCUGGAUGAGAUUGCUUGGCUGCUGAACCUGCGUGGCUCGGAUAUCCGCUACAAUCCGGUGUUCUUCGCCUACCUGAUUGUGUCGCAUGACAAACUGCACCUGUUCACGAACCCCGAGCGCAUCAACGAGACGAUCCGGGAGCACUUCCGCACGGAGGGGAUUAUCGGGCCGGACGUGCGCGACUACCGCGACAUCCUGGCCGGCAUCGACGAGUACGUCCGUGGCGGCAACCGGCUGAUCGUGUCGACGGCCUGCAGUCACGCACUGUACGCAGCCAUCCCGGCGGACCAGCGGCUGCAGGUGUACAGCGUGUUGGCGAAGAUGAAGGCGGUAAAGAACCCAACCGAGGCGACCGGUAUGCGGCGGGCGCACGUACGUGAUGGGGCGGCCGUCGUGCGCUACCUGCACUGGCUGGAGACGGUCGUGGACGAGGGCAACGUGACCGAGCUGUCCGGGGCGGCCAAGCUGCGCGAGUUCCGCAGCGAGCAGGAGCUGUUCGUCGACCUCAGCUUCACGGCGAUCAGCGCGUUCGGCCCGAACGGUGCCAUCGUCCACUACAGCCCGAACGAAGAGACGGACCUGGCGAUCACGCGCGACGGCAUCUACCUGAUCGACUCCGGCGGCCAGUACCUGGACGGCACGACGGACGUGACGCGGUCGGUGCACCUCGGCGAACCGACCGCCUUCCAGCGCGAGUGCUUCACGCGCGUCCUCAAGGGCUUCCUCAGCGUCGCGUCGGCCGUCUUUCCGGUGCGGGCGUCCGGCACCACGUUCGACGUGCUCGCCCGCAAGUCGCUCUGGGAUGUGGGGCUCGACUACGGUCACGGCACCGGCCAUGGGAUCGGCUCGUUCCUCGGCGUGCACGAGUAUCCGCCCUCGUUCGUCUCGAACAGUGCGUCCCCGAGCAACCAGGGCCUAGUGGAGAACAUGUUCUCCUCCAACGAGCCCGGCUACUACGAACCGGGCCAGUUUGGCGUGCGCAUCGAAGACAUCGUGCAGGUGGUGCCCGCACAGUCCGCGCCGCACAACUUCAACGGCCGCGGCGCACUCACCUUCCACACCAGCACGGUCGUGCCGAUCCAGCGGAAGCUCAUCGAUGUGCAGCUCCUUUCGCCGGCGGAAAUUGCACAGCUGAACGCCUACCAUAAACGGGUGCUGGAGGAGGUCGGGCCGCUGCUGGAGCAACAAAACGACCCAGCCGCUCACCGGUGGCUGACCGAGCAGACCAAAGAGAUUACCGUCAGCUAGAAGCGAUGAUCUUGUACGAUAACAACACUGUGUGAAAAGCGGAAAAUCAAA